UGAUGCAAUUUAAAAACUCGGGGCGGGUUAGGCUUCCAUUAACAGAUAGUGAGCGAUAUCAAAGCUGUUCGGAUCUACUCAAAUUGGAUCUACAGUAAGCCUCGCAGGAGAGCCCAUCAUUGGCACACAUGGCCUCCCAGAACAUGGACCCUGCAGCAGCUGGAGCCUCUGCAGCAGCUGCUCUGAAGGGCAACGAGAGCGAGAACAACAUGACCAAAGGCUCGGUGUCCAAGCGGUUGCAGCAGGAGCUGAUGACUCUCAUGAUGUCGGGGGAUAAAGGCAUUUCAGCGUUUCCAGAGUCGGAUAACCUCUUCAAAUGGGUUGGAACCAUUGAUGGAGCGCAGGGGACGGUGUACGAGGGCCUCCGGUACCGGCUGUCCUUCGACUUUCCUGCAGGCUACCCCUACCAGGCUCCUCGUGUGAGAUUUGUCACGCCUUGUUUCCACCCCAACGUGGACGAUCAGGGUUUCAUCUGUCUGGACAUCCUGAAAGACAAGUGGUCGGCCUUGUACGAUGUGCGCUCCAUUCUGCUGUCCAUACAGAGCCUGCUUGGAGAACCAAACAACGAAAGUCCUCUGAACACGACAGCGGCAGAAAUGUGGGACAACCAAGAUGCUUUUAAAACUCACCUUCAUGCCACCUUUCAGAAGUAAAGCACCUCCAAGAUUUCAUCUGUCUUGUCUGUUUGUAUAAUAUUUUUAUGUUUGUAUCUUUGUCAUUUCAAUAAAGUUCUUUAAAUCACCUUUA